ACUAGUAGUUUUCCCUCCUCUUCAACUUCCUUCAUUCCCCCGUCUUUCUUUCUCUCUCUUCCCCACAAAAGCAAAAAUAACCCCCCAAAUUUCUGCUUCAAGCAACCCAAACCACCCUCUUCAAUAAUACAGUAUUCAAUUACUUCACCACCCUCUCAGAUCUCACACCUUUCAACUCCCUUUUCUGUUUAUUUCAGCAACCUAAUAUUUUCCCAUAAAUUUUCGAACAAGUCCCAGCUCAAUUAGAUCUCUUCAUUUCUUUUCUGCUUGAACUAAAAUUUUAGUGAUUUUAGGGGGUUUUCGUUGAUUUUUUUUUGAUGAGUUUUAAGUAUAAUGCUGGGUUGUUUCUCAUUGGAACUGUUGUUGUCAUUUGGGUUUCCUCUGCAGAAGUUACCCAGGACAUAUAUAAUGCAUAUAGACAGCCGUUUGCAGUGACAUAUCUUGGAGCAUCUCUGAUGGUGGUUUACCUUCCCAUAUCCUAUAUUAAAGAUUGGUUUUAUCGUAAAAUGAAGAAUUGCUCUUCAAGGAAUGGGAAACUUGUUGAAACUGUGAAAGAUUCUGUGGACAUACUUGAUUCUCCUCUUAAGUACGUUGAGCAGAAAAUCUGUGCAAUGGAACUCGAGGGGAAUCCCGUAAAAAAGGACAGUGACUUAAACCUUUCUUUGGGAGAAGAAAAACCUUUUCUAGAUGAUGGUUUGAGGAAGUCGGAGAGGGAGCUCAGCAAAUGGGAAAUUGUUAGAUAUGGAUUAUACCUUGCCCCUCUUUGGUUUGCUGUUGAGUAUCUUUCAAAUGCUGCCUUGGCACGUACUAGUGUUGCAAGUACAACAGUCUUAUCCUCGACCUCUGGGCUUUUUACUCUUUUCAUCGGAGUGCUCCUUGGAGAGGAUUCAUUGAAUAUGGCCAAGGUUGUUGCUGUAUUUGUUAGCAUGUCCGGUGUUCUCAUGACAACUCUGGGGAAAACUUGGGCCGCGGAUGAGUCGCAACUUAGUAGUUCAAGUGAUGGACAACGUUCACUUACGGGGGAUCUUUUUGGGCUUCUCUCAGCUAUGUCAUAUGGGCUAUUCACCGUGCUGCUGAAAAAGUUUGCUGGUGAGGAAGGAGGAAAAGUGGAUGUUCAGAAACUUUUUGGAUACAUUGGUUUCUUUACUCUAAUAGCCCUUUGGUGGCUUGUGUGGCCGUUGACGAUUUUAGGAAUUGAACCAAAGUUCACUAUUCCCCACUCUGCUAAAACAGAUGAAGUUGUUCUUGCCAACGGACUAAUUGGAAGCGUUCUCUCUGAUUACUUUUGGGCAUUAUCUGUUGUAUGGACAACUCCACUAGUUGCAACUUUGGGUAUGUCACUCACGAUCCCACUUGCGAUGUUGGCUGACAUGGUUAUACAUGGUCGGCAUUAUUCCACAGUCUAUGUUCUUGGCUCUGUCCAGGUAUUUGGCGGAUUUGUAAUUGCUAAUAUUUCGGAUUGGUGCUCGAAGAGGCUGGGUUUAUAGCAUGCAGGAAUUACAGUUAGCUCAGUCUCUCAAAUUCUUUUGUCUCGUCAUCAGCUUUAAUUGCUCUUUGUGCGAGAAUUGUCAUAAAAAGGAGUAUGAUCCCCUAAGGGGUAAUAGGCAUUUGCACAGAAUAGAAAAAACAGAAUAAUAUACUCUAAAUCAUGUCUUGGUGAAAUAUGAAAAGAAAUACGAAGCGUAGUCAUUAAGAUUAGUUACUAAAAAAUCGGUUUGUGUAUGGGUCUUGCACCCUGUGUAUAUACAUUGUUAUUGUACUAAUCUGGAAAUACAAAUUCAACUCAGUUUUGUGUCAAA